GUCUUAAAAUCCAAGCCGGCAGGAAGGGAGAAGCUCUGGUGGCUUCCCAGAGCCAUGCUGCCAUGUCCCUGCCGUGGGCAGGAUGCAUGGGCAGGGUGCUGUGCAGAGCUGCUGCUCCCGCCUGGGCUGCUCCAUGGGCCCAUCGCGCCGCUGGGCUGGGAGCCGCUGGGGCAGCACCAUGGAGGUUUUGGCAUCUGUGGGACUGACCCUGGGAGCUGCCCUUCUUGGCAUUGGUGACAGUCCCACGCUGCGUUCAGCUGCUCAUGGCGGCAGUGGAGCUCUGGCACAAGGACAGCGUGUGCAGGAGGUUGGGAGCUCGGCGAGAGCACUGCAAGGUGCUGGGAUGCUGCAGCGUGCCGGGGGCUGACGUGCAGAGCUCUGGCUGUGGGGAGCAGUGCCUCUGCUGCCCAGCCAUGCGCCCGGCCGGCAGCCGGGGCCGUGCCCCAUGACGAGGUGCCCACCUCACCAGGACCGCCGCCAUGACGAGCCUCUUCCGGCGCAGCAGCAGCAAUGGCGGCUCACGCGGCGGCUCCUCAGCGCAGGAGCUCAACAACAGCCGCCCCCCCAGGCAGGUGCGCCGGCUGGAGUUCAACCAGGCCAUGGAGGACUUCAAGACCAUGUUCCCCAACAUGGACUACGACAUCAUCGAGUGCGUUUUGAGGGCCAACAACGGCGCCGUGGAUGCCACCAUCGACCAGCUCCUCCAGAUGAACCUGGACGGCAGCGGCUGUGACGACAGCUCGGACUCGGAGGACAGCAUUCCCCCCGAGAUCCUUGAGCGCACCCUGGAGCCAGACAGCUCGGAUGAGGAGCCACCCCCAGUGUACUCCCCCCCAGCCUAUGAGAGCCAGGCGCUGGGCAGCCCACGUGCACCUCCCACCCCCCCACCCAGGACGGAUGUGCCGGGGCCCGGCCGCUACAGGAACUGGAACCCACCACUGCUUGGCAACCUUCCCGAGGACUUCCUGCGCAUCCUGCCCCAGCAAGCUGCCCGCACGCAGGGCUCCCCUGGAUGCCGGCAGCCUGUGCCACGGGGCCAGGGCUCCCUAGAGCAGGAGAGGAGGUGGAAGCAGUACCUGGAGGACGAGCGGAUCGCGCUCUUCCUGCAGAACGAGGAGUUCAUGAAGGAGCUGCAGAGGAACCGGGAUUUCCUCCUUGCCCUGGAGAGAGAUCGACUGAAAUAUGAGUCAAAAAAAUCCAAGUCGACCAGUGCUGCUGUCAGCAGUGAUUUCUGUUUCUCCUCCAUGACACCAGGUGACGUAGCCCCUCCUGGAAACAGCGAGGCCGGCAGUGCCGUAUCUGAUGAUGCCUUAUUCAGAGACAAAUUGAAACACAUGGGAAAAUCAACGCGCAAGAAGCUGUUUGAACUUGCCAGAGCCUUCUCCGAGAAGACGAAGAUGAGGAAGUCAAAAAGAAAACACUUGUUGAAGCACCAGGUGCUGGGGACAGCUGCGUCCACAGCAAAUCUUCUUGAUGAUGUCGAAGGACACUCGUGCGAUGAAGAUUUUCAAGCACGACGGCAGCAGCUCCGGGAAGAGGAGGAGAUGCUGAAGGAAGGGCAAUAAAUGGUCCCAGCGCUGGGGUUUACUGCUGGCACAGAAUGUGCAAAGGGCUUAAUAAGAAGACAGCUGAAAAAAGGAAAAAAAAAAACCCACCCAACGACAAAUAACCUAGUUUUUUGGCUGCUCCCCCUCUGCUGUUGUACUUCUCUGAAGUACAAGUGUUGAAGUGAGGCACAAAGUUUUCUUAUCAGAGGUUUGAAAACAACUUCUCCUACCUAGCAAAUCAGCCAAAAAAAAAAGGGAAAGAAAAGGAAACACAGCUGGCAGCUGGAGUGAGCUGUGGCACAGGAGCUGGUGGGUCUGGGACUCAGGGAGGAGCCGUCCCUCCUGCACGCGGGAUCCACACAGUGCCGCCAGAAGAGUGCACAUGGGCUGUGCUAAGGGGGAUGCCCCCGCUGCGGGAGCUGCUUGGCGGAGCGUCCCUGCGCAUAUCUCUGUGGUGAUCUGAUGUAACUUUCCUCUGCAUACGCAGGAAAAGAAAACACAUGAGAAAGAAACUAAAAACCGUCGUCUACUAUUGCUAGGGGUAAUAAGCAGAGAUUCAGAUCAGGUAAUAGAUAAUGUAAGUUGUUUAUAAAAGGAAAGGCCUUCUUUUCCGAGGCAUUUCCCUUUGCAUUAAACUUUUGCCUUUGGCAUUGCUCAAA